GGUGCGGUCACGCUGUUAACAUCUUUUUUUGUCAGCGGCUCAUAGUCACACAACAACGUGUUUUGUUGUAACUAAUCUUUAAUUUUAAGGGAAUGUUCUCUAAUUAAAUUUAAAAGAUCUAUAAGUGUCUUAUCAAACAUUACUGUGUAUCUGCGCUUCAAAAACAUUUUUAAAUAUCUUAUCGUUGAGACAUACACAUUGGUGACUUUCUAUUCGUGCACGGCAACAUGUCCUUACACACGAACAUGUCGGGUGUGACAUCCACUUUAAAGACUAUUCCUAGUGCGGAAAGCUAUCGAGCCACAUCAGUGGCCGCCAAUAAAGUUCGAUUUUCCAGUCCAAAAGAAAGGGGACUCGCAGAAUCUGUACGCGUGGCCCUCGAAGAAGGGAAUUUCCACCCGGUUAAGGAAUUCACAAACUUUAUCCGUCAAGCAGAAAUUAAUGAUGACGAAUUUUUGUUGAUUGUAAAGGAUGCUAAAAGAGUUGUACACAGUUUGACUUCCGAUUUCGUUCAUGUUAUCGAGAGUUUGCUGUCCCUCAACUGGAAGAAAAGAAGUUUCGAAAUAAUCGAAGCUUACACCGAAUUUUAUAUAGAUAUAAUGGUUACCCACAAUAAAUAUUUACCUAUAGGAAUAUCUAAAUUAAUUGUACACUGGAUUCCUGACGAUUUGGAUGAUUCCGACUGGGUGAAUGGAUGUCCUUCGGAACGUACGAGACUUGUAUUGAAACCCAUUCAUGAAGUACUGAAUCGCAUUUUAACAGCAGUUCCAAUGGCAUUUGAUUUAGUCAUUGAUACCAUAUCCGCUAAGUUUCCGUAUUUUAAAAAACCAGCCCAUGUGACCGCUGGUUAUCUGUUUAACGUGCUCUGGAUAAUCGAGUACAAGCCGAUAUUUGAGGAACUCAUUUUACAGCUGGUUCUGCAAAAACUUUUAGUAUUAGAUGUUAACGCUCCACGAGAUGAAAUUGGCUCAGAGAUAGAUGACGAGAACGACAAAAUGAAGGCAGAUCCCUUGUUUCAAAUAGACGACAUAUCCGCCGACAUCUUGGCUGGGACUGGAAGAACUCUUAAGCAUCCUGUCGGCAAAACCUUGGAUAUAAGCCUCCUCAUGCUGUAUAGGUUUUUUGAAGGCAAAUGUCGCAUUCACCAAGAUAGUAACGACCAACAGCGCUGGACUGCAAAUCGUUUAUUUAAAAUGUUACUUCAUAUAUUCGACGAAGUUCUGUUACCCAGCCACAACACCCAUCAUGUGCAAUUCGUCUUAUUUUAUGUAACUAGUAUUCGGUUGGCGUACUCGGAGGCUUUUCUGGAUUUGCUUUGGAAAAAGGUUCAAAAUCCCAAUAUAUCGGUCAUUAUUCGCCAUGCUGCGGUAGGAUACAUGGCUAGCUUUUUAUCUCGCGCCAGAUUUUUGCCACUUAGAAUUGUAAUAUUCUAUUUAAAAGAGUUGAGCAUGUGGGCUCAUAACUACAUAGACGACUCGGGUGAAUAUAACCAGACUUGCUCUUUGAAGGCUCACUUGGUUUUUUACUCUAUCUGCCAAGCCGUGUUCUACUUGAUUGCGUUUCGUGCCAGAGAUUUGACUGCUAGUUCUAAAGAUUUGCUCUUCCUUCAGUCCCUUCAACUAUCUCGCCUCGCUAUGUGUCAUUUAAAUCCUCUGCGAUAUUGUCUAGCCCCAGUGGCUACAGCAUUUGCUGGUGUUACGAGAACUUACCAGCUUGCCUACUGUCAUACUGUUUUGGAGCGCAACGCUCGGCGAAAACUAGCCACAGUAUACGGCCACGACAAAUGUAUGCCCGAAGAGACGCUGGAAUCGUUUUUCCCAUUUGAUCCUUAUUUGCUAAAGCUAUCAAACAAGUAUAUUAAGAACAAUUACAUGGUUUACCAGUGCAAUGAUAAGGAUGACUAUAUGGAUGGCUCUACCAACGAGUCCCUUUCUAGAAAACGUGGUGACUCUGAAAUAAUAGAGGAAGACGAUUUUAUUGUAGCCGACAAAAGGCAAAAGCAUUUGGAACUUUCUAAAUGCCAAGAGAUUGACAAACAAUUUUAUUUAGGAUCUUUCCCCGGACUUAAUUUAUAAGUCAUACUCAUUAUAUAAAAAAUUUCGAUUUACCAUAUACAAUAUAAAUGAAAUUUGUUAUAUCAAAAUAAUGUAAUUCGAUUAUUGAUUGUGAAAAAAUAUAAGAAACGAUUGCAAAGUAA